AUGUUUCCAGAAGUUGUGAAUUUUACUUAUAGUGGAGAGACUGGUCCGCAGUAUUGGAGUCAUCUAAGUCCAGCUUAUGCUGCAUGUUCCAAAGGAAGAAUUCAAUCACCUAUAAACAUCGAAACGAACGAUGUAGUUUAUAAUUCAAAACUCCUACCACUAGUUAGACAUUACAAUGAUGUAAAUGCUACUCUGAUUAACAAUGUCUUCAAUAUACAGUUGUUAUAUGGGGAAGGUGUAGGUUCGGUCACUAUAGACGGAAAGAAGCACAAUUUAUUGCAAACGCAUUGGCAUUCUCCUUCUGAACAUACCAUUGAUGGAAUUCGCUAUGAUGUAGAGCUUCAUCUAGUUCACAAAUCUGAUGACAACACUACUUUGUUGGUCAUUUCAAUCCUAUAUCGAUUAGGAAAACUCGAUCCGUUUGUCUCUCAGUUGCAUAAAAUGGACAAGAAGUUGCGCAUAUGGACUGUCAGGAAGGUUCCUAUCAAUCUGGUUAAAACAGAAGAGCUGAAGCGUACAAUACCGUAUUAUAGAUAUCUUGGUUCUCUUACUGCUCCACCAUGUACUGAGCAAGUAAUCUGGACUAUUCUUGGCCAGGUGAGAGAGAUCUCCAAACAACAGGUAGCUGCACUAAAAGCAGCAUUGGGCAAAUCUUACCAAAAAAAUGCAAGGCCUCUACAGAAAUUGAACGGGAGGCGAGUAGAAGCUUGGGAAUAG